GUUGUUCUCUUACGGACAUCUUGCUAUCACGUUCCUACCUACCUCCUUCAAAUCACCUUGUAUCUUUGUCAUGCCCUCGUUGCUUAAAGACAUAAGGUGUUUCAUAUAUAUCCAUCCUAAUAAAGACGUGUCUAGACUAAAGCAAGCACUUAGUAUGUAGAGGGCUGCUCUGUGCUGCUGCUACUUGUAUCAUUAUUUCAGCCCCGAAGGCCAUUAGCCAACUGCACUGCCUCCAACUGCUCAGUUGCAGCAUGAACACAAGCGGCAUUCAGGGCGGCGAUGGCCAGUCCAGCACGCCCGCGCCAGCAGGGCCCCCAUUGGCGCAACUUAAGGAAGCCCUCCGAGUCCUAGAUCAGUCCCAGCAGCUGCUGCACCACAUGAAGUCCCGGGUGGUGUACGUGUGCGGGGAGGCGCACCUGCUGGCCUCCGAGGAGGGGCGGCAGAUGCUGGCGGGGGUCAUCAAGGGCCUGGAUGAGGACCACCGCAUCAUUCGCGCCGGCUGGCCCCGCAUGGCCGCAGCCAUGGAGGUGGCGCGACUGGUGGGCCGCGUGGCGGCGGCGCGGAGCGCGGCUGCCACUGCUGCUGCGGCGGCAGCCACCGGAAGCAGCGGCGGCGGCGGUGCCCGCAUCAACACCCACAGCGCCGCUGCCCCCGCAUCAGCAUCUCCCUCUUCAGGAUCAGCAGCAGCAGCUGCGGCGGCGGCAGCGGCUUCAUCGCUGCAGGGCCACUGUCGGGCGGUGGUGCAGCAGCUGGAUGCGGCGCUGUGUGAGGAGAUGCUGGGGGCAGCGGGCGCUGGGGCUGGGGCAGCAGCGGGAGGAGCGGGAGCGGGAGCAGCAGUGGAGCAGCAGCGGAGGGUGAAGCGCGCACGGACGGAUGAGUGGGCCAGCCCCACAACCACUCCAGCCGCUGCUUCGCCCACCUCAACAGCAACCCGGCUGCCCAUGCAGCCCGCCUCCUCCUCCCUUUACACCCCCACCCCCACCUCCGCCUCCCCCUCCGGGGGGCCCCUAGAGUUACUGGGUGUGCUGCUGCGCCUGCGAGCCCUGGAUGCGGGUCUGGGAGCCCCCGGCUGCAGCAGCGGCAGUAGCAGCCUCCUUAAUGCUAACGCCCAUGGUACCCUCAGCAACAGCAGUGGCAGUGUAGUUGGAGGCAGUGCGCUGGGGGGUAUGCGGCUGCAUGCGCUGGAUGACGGCGGCAACCCCAUCAGCCUGCCCUCGGGCCUGUUGGCAGCGAUAUCUGCUGCGGCUCAAGCAGUACCGAGGGCUAGGACCUCAGGAGGCGGAGGUGCUGCGAUUGCUGCGGCCGCGGGAGGAGGAGUGCCUGCUACUCCAGGGGGUGCAGGGGGGAUUGCGGGAGGGGUUGGACGCGGGCGGUUGCCGCUGGUGGAUGGAGAGCUGCUGUCCAAGGGGGCCGCCAGGCUGGCAGCUGCGACACAGGUCCGCAUGUUGCUGCCGGGCGUGCUGGUGGCCAAUGUGGUGCUGGAGGGCCCGGGGAGCGCCGCGCCGCUGCGAGUGGCAGUGGACUGCGCGGACCGGGCCUUCGAGAUCGACCCGUGGGCCACCCCCACCACGCAGGUGUUCCGCCGCCUGAGCGCCCUGGCCACCCGCGUCCUCACCUAUUACCUCAAACGAGGACCCCUUUCAGCAGCAACAACAGCAGCGACAGCAGCAACAACAGCAGCGACAGCAGCAACAACAGCAACCGCAACAACAACACCGGCAGCCGCCCCCCAUGCAGCCGCCCCCCUAGCCGCUGGCAGCCCCCCGCAACCCCAGCUACCCGCACUGGGCCAUGCCGCAGGCAGCCCGCCCACACCCGCACCCGCACCCACUCCUCCUCCCGCACCCGCACCCGCAUCCCAACCCCAUCCCCAACUCCCUGCUCCGCUUCCUGCUCUCCAACCGCUGCCCGCCGAGCCCCUCAGCCCCGGUGCCGCCGCGCUGGAGGACCUGCUGCUGUGGCUGGUGGGCUGCCGCGACCUGUUCUCCAAGCGCUGCGCCGCCACGGGGCGGCUGCUGGCGUGCGACCCCUCCGCGCAGUUCCCCGUGCCGCCCAUCUUCCGGCCCUUCAAGCUGCCACGUCAGGAGCUGCGGCUACGAGCGCUGGAGCCCGGCCGGUCUCCCGCCUACCACAUGCACGUGGCGCCCCUGGGGGAGCUGGGCUGGGAGGAGGACGUGGCGGGGCAGGCCAUGAUGGGGCAGGAGCCGGCGUAGGGGUGCAUGAGGAGAAAGGAAGGAAGGGAAGCGUUGGGGGUGGAGGGUGCGAGGCAGGUGUAGGAGCGUAGUAGUGGGG